AUGCUGCUCCACCGAAUAAACGGAGACGGAUCGAACACCCAGGGAUCGGUGGUGCCAAUAUGGGGCGGUCUGCAUCCUCGGCGUACGGCUCUGGCAUUCGAGGAGUGUCCCCAGCGGUUGAUGGCAAGAAAAAAGCCCGGGGUGGGGCAACAAAUACCAACGGGAGAAGGAGGCAGGGGUGGGACGAAUGCGUCAGGACUCAACUCUCCCAACUUGGUUUCAUCACCAUUGAUUGGCACUUUCACUACCAGUGCGAAAGACCGUCAAGGUCGCUCGCCAGCACCAUCACUACUACAGAGGGUGCCAUCGUCUCGCGCACGACAAAGUUCUACCCAAGGCGUACAGAUGUCCCGCAAUCGUUCCUCUUCCACACUCAAUCAGCGAACCACCAAUGGUAAUGGCCCCCAAAAGGCCGCUGCAGAUGUCGAAAAAGUCUCGGGUCUCACGGGCAAAAGCGCAGGCGAGGUACGCAACCACAUGAAAGAGACGCUCAACUCGCGGGGCGAGCACAUGAUCGAGGAUACCAUUGGAGAAGGAUCAGGAGACAUGCGUGGUGCACUCGUAAUAGAUGGUAACAGAGAGCGUAGCAACAAUGGUAGUAGGACCCGGGAUCGACCACCAUCAAUCUCAACCCGUGGAGGUGGAGGAGGAAACAGCAAGAACCCAUCAAAGACCGCUACCCCACUCACGGCUUCCUUUAACGCAGAACCCCCGCGUUCACGCCCACCACGCGGCGAGGUGCCAGCCAAACGCUCUCACAAAAAAGGUGCAGGCUUGGCGGCUCAACGAGCCGUUGCCGUUACCCAUGCUGCGACGGACGCGGACGGCUCGUCUAUGCAAGGUAAUGAGGAUGGGGAAGAUGGGGAAGGCGGCGGUGAGGAUGAGCCUCGAUACUGCAUUUGCGAAGACUAUAGCUACGGAGAGAUGGUAGGAUGUGAUAAUGAUGAUUGCGCGAGAGAAUGGUUUCAUCUGAAAUGCGUGGGAUUAUCCAAGGCGCCUCCCAAGACUAGUGAGUCUCGAGGGAUCUUUCUCCGAUGUGAAAAUGCUGACGCGUGA